AUGUUUUUUCAAGUUUGUUUCGGGAUUAUUCUCUGCGUUCAUUUUGCAUUAGUUGACGCAUUUUCAGAAACCAAACGCGAUCAGGCCCCAAAAGGAAAAUGUUUAUCGUUUAAAUGGGAGAGAGAAAACGACAAAAUUGACUAUGUUUGUUGCAACAGUUGUGGCGAAGAGAUUGAACAUUGUUUCGGCAAAACGUAUGGUUCAACCGGAGAUUAUUGCAAUAGCUGUGGACGAAACAAAUUGAGCUUCGCUCGAAAGCUGUCUAUGCCGUUCUCGUGUGGGGGUUGUAAUGGCCAAACUCAUGAAGCAAACACUUGCAAAAGACGGUACAGCAACCUUCCAGUCGGAUGUUGGCUAUUUCGAGGUUGUUUCGAGACUGCUUGUCAAAACAUUGCUGGCGAAGAAGGAUUUAGUAAUUACAAUCCUUUCUUAAGUGAUGGUGGUGUUCCCGGAGAGACGCCAUAUUAUGACAAACAAGUUGGUAGCAAAUUGCGCAGUUGUUUCAAUGGUGUCUGUGAUGAUGGGGAAUACAUAGAGAACUGUCCAGCCGAUUGUUGCAUCAAAAGAAAUCCCCAGAAAUGCACUUUGCUGCAAGGUUUAUGCCCACCAGAAUGCUGUGGAGAACCGCAUUGUUGUGUAGAGCGGAAAGAGAGCAAAAUUUCACAGAAAGUAAAGACAAUCAUUCUGUGUGUGACUCUGAGUAUCGUGUGCAUCUGUAUCGGUUGCAUAUUGUAUCGUUUAUAUUCGUGUAUUAAGCGGCGAGUUCAGGUCGAUAACUAUUAA